GCGCUCCCGUCUUCGCUAUAACCACGGCGCGCCCCCGCUCUCUUUCUCGCUCUCACCCUGCUGUCGUGUGCGCGCAGCGCGUCCACGCCUCAUAUCCUCCUCCCCCCUCCGCUUCUCUCUCCCUGGACUCUCUCCCCAGUAUAUCUAUUUUUAUUUAUUUAUUUGUAAUUACCAUUUUUUAAUGAGGCGUUAGCAAACUCCUCUCCCCUUCCUUGUCUCCUUCAUCGGCCUCUCCCCCCACGCAGGAAAAUAAUUUCUUCCACUGUGGGCACCCACCUCUGUGACAGCCUGUGAGCCGCGUGAAAUUGUCAGAUCAGCAGCUGAGACCCCAGGAUCGGGUCUACAAAUGUUGUAGAACAGGCGGCAGUCUUUCCUGGGAAAGGUGGUGUUACACAGUUGUAACCUCAUAUUUUGCAGGUUGGUGCGAGAAAUGCUGCACAUGACCUCGAGCAGCGUAACGCAGCCCAGGACCUUCCACUAGUGACAGGGACAUGGGACGGCUUCUUGCACCUUCCAGAUGGUUCAUUACAACUGACAUCCUGCUUAAUCUCGGUGGGAAGGAACCUGAAAAUAUUUCUCUUUGUUACUCUGGGACAUCACAUACUUAUAACAAUAGGAUACAUCAGGUUCUGUAUAUCCUUUAAAGUUUUAAAGUGACCUUUUCCAAUGAGGAUGUCUGGUAUUGUUACUGUAAAGGACGAAUCUGAAACAAUGAAGGGGUCAGAGUCCAACCUGGGUCAGUCCGGCUCCACCGAAAACCUCCCAACUGCCGAGCUCGAGAGAACCGCAGCAGAAAAAGAAGACUGUUGUUGUGAUAACAAGCAGGAUGUCACGCGACCAGUGCAGCCUUUGGGGCAAACAGGAAAAAGGUCUAAGUCUAGUUCAAAGUUAAAGCUAGUUCGGAGCCUGGCUGUGUGUGAAGAAUCUCCCCCUCCUUCCACAGCUGAUACCCCCCUGGACACACAGGAACCAAUACCAGUCCAGCUUGUACCAUCGCCAGGAAAAGAGGAAAAACCUUUGAAAGAUGAAACUGAAAAAGAAAAAGGGAAUGAAAAGUCUUCUCGCAAAAUGCUUUCACGAGAUUCCAGCCAAGAAUAUACAGAUUCCACCGGCAUAGACCUCCAUGAAUUUUUGGUAAACACGCUGAAGAGCAACCCCAGAGAUAGAAUGAUGCUGCUUAAAUUGGAACAAGAUAUAUUAGAUUUUAUUGCUACCAAUGAAAUUCAACGAAAAAAAUUCCCACCGAUGACCUCGUAUCACAGGAUGCUCUUGCACAGAGUCGCUGCGUACUUUGGCCUUGAUCAUAAUGUGGACCAGAGUGGCAAAUCUGUCAUUGUGAAUAAAACAAGCAAUACAAGAAUCCCUGAUCAGAAAUUUGAGGAACAUAUCAAGGAUGAAAAGAGCGUUGAUUUCCAGAAGCGCUACAUUCUCAAAAGAGAUAACUCUAGUUUAGAUAAGGAUGAUAAUCAGAUGAGGAUGAGAUUGAAGGAUGACAGGAGAAGCAAGUCCAUUGAGGAGCGGGAAGAGGAAUACCAGAGAGCUCGUGAGCGAAUUUUUGCGCAAGAAUCUCAGGAGAACUUCAUCACUGAUAAAAGAAUUCAAGAGGAAGAGUCUAAUAUUACACAGCAAAGACGCCAGAUAUUUAGGAUCAAUAAAGACGCUUCAGGUAGAUCAGGAAACAGCCUCUACAGCAGUACUGAGAAUGAUGUGAAGUAUAAUGAGCCUCGACCGUGGAGCAGUACGGACUCCGACAGCUCCAUCCGAAACCUGAAGCCCGCUGUCACCAAAGCUAGCAGCUUCAGUGGGAUUUCGGUUUUGACACGAGGGGAUAGCUCUGGAAGCAGCAAAAGCACAGGCAGGCUUUCCAAAGCAGGUUCUGAGUCUUCUAGUAGUGUAGGGUCGUCCACUGGUUCCCUGUCACACACCCAGCAGCCUCUUCCAGUAACCGCUAUAAACCAGCCUUCACAUGGCGCCGCUGCCGUCUACCCACCUGUCAGCACUAGUAAUUCUCUUUCCUUUGAUGGUGGCAUAAGUGGGCAAGUGGCUCCUUCUAGCACUAGCUUCUUUUUACUUCCCUUGGAAGCCACAGGCAUUCCACCUGGCAGUAUUCUGAUCAACCCUCAAACAGGUCAGCCAUUUAUAAACCCAGACGGCACUCCAGUUGUAUAUAAUCCUCCUGUGACUCAGCAACCGGUUAGGACACAAGUGCCUGCACCCGCUCAUCCUCCUCUGCCCCCACCUCCUCCCCCCGCACCUCCACAGCAAGCUCCAAACCACAUAAUACCACAGCCUAUCCGGUCUCUGCUGUCUUCUUCGCAACCUGUUCAAUACCCAGCCGUCUCUUAUCCACCCCCGCUCCUGCAAGUCUCACCCACUCAGCAGUACACUGUGAACUCAAGGGAUGUUUUCUGCAUUGUUCCAGGAUACGGUGUAAAGUCUGCUUUUCCAGACAACCUGGGCUCUCAGUUUAGCCAUAUGAGUCUUGCCAGACAGCCAUCGGCCGAGUCGUCAGAUGCUCAUUCGACUAUGUUCCAAUCAACUGUGGUGCUUCAGCCGUCGCCGCAGUCUGGCUACAUCAUGGCUCCUCCUCCUCCACCACUCGGACAGUCUGUCCCACCACCCAACUACUCUGCCUCCAGCCAGCCUGUCAAUCCUUCGGUGCUGCAGCCACAGGGUUACAUUCAGCCCCCAUCACUCCAGCAGAUACCAACCUGCUAUUGUGCUCCCAACCAGUUUCCUCACUCGAACCAACAUUAUCGCCCAGUAACAUCGGUCCAGUUCAGUUCUCAACCAAAUCAAACACUACCACAAUCCCACCAAACAGGUUAUCCAGCGGUAAUGCCAAACCAGCAACCAAACUACCAAGGCAUGGUCAAUGUGCAGCAACCUCAGAAUCAGCCAUUGGUCAGCAGCCAACACGGCAAUAUUGCCAAUCCCAUCCACGGGGUAAUGGUGCAGUACUCCUCCGUACCCUCAUACCAGGUUCCCGUUCGGCAAGGCUCCCAAUCUGUGCCCCAACAGCCAUAUCACCAACAGGUGCUCAUCCCUAACCAGUCCAACCAGGGGCAGUUACCAACAGCAGGAAUGCCAGUUUACUACAGUGUCAUUUCCCCAGCACAGCAAAAUAAUAUGAAUUCCUCGGUGGGAUAUAUGCAGCCUGCAGGGUCUGAACAAAUGCAGUUUCCUAGGACGACCUCUCCCUGUAACUCUCAACCACUUCCAGGUCCUCCAUGUGCAGCUGUACCAACAGCACCCUCUGGUGGUGGGAUGGUAAUGAUGCAGCUUAAUUUACCGAACAACCCACCACCUCAAACACAUUCUUCACCUCAGUGGAAGCCAACUAAAUAUUAUUGUGACCACCAGAGGGCUCAUAAGACUGCAGAAUACGGCAACCUGGACCCUUCUGUGCAGCAUAGCUCAUAUCUAAGCAGUCCCAUCACAUCGCCCAAUCAGUCACCGAUUCCUGUGCAGUUAACCAACCUGAAAAACAUCCGCCCUGGGUUAUCGCCUCUUCCUCUAGUUCCACAUUUCUCCAGACCGUUUGCUCCUGGACAAGGUGAUACAAGAUAUCCGUUACUUGGUCAGCCAUUACAAUACAAUGCUCCUCAAUUAGUACAUGGACAUAUAACAAGUCAACAGGGUCAGUCUGGACACAGACAUGGAAAUAGGGGCAAAAAAACUGCCAAGAAGGCUGCUUCCACAGACCUCUCGGCGGGUGAACCGGUUAUUGGAAAAGUUUUAGAAAUCACAGAACUGCCCGAUGGAAUAAGUCGCAAAGAUGCUGAAAUGCUUUUUGGUGAACUCUUUAAAGUAGGUGCUAAAAUCCGGUGGUUUCGUGAUCCUCGUUCGCAACAAAACCUGCACCAACAUCACCAACACUAUUGUGGCGGCGGGGAGAACCACAUGAGUACUGAACAUCCCAAUCCCUCCACAGACUUGGCCUCUACUUACACCAUCGUAGCUACUUUCCCCACCGUAUCGGCUGCUCAGAAUGCACUGAAGAAACACAAUAAUUUAAUGAACAAGUUUAGACUGAGAACGAGCAGAAAGCCCUAUGACCUUCACAUCCUAGAAAGAGCAAGCUCUCAGUAGAGGAAAGCCAGAACAUUACUGGAGGGUCAGCCUUUGUCCAUCUCCAUUAAUGAUUGGCCUCUUUCAUGUGUGUGUGGGUGUGUGUGUGUGGGUGUGUGCACAUAGACACUAAAUCUUAUUAUCACGAUUUAGUAAUUGGAAGAACAUCCCCCCGGAGCCGGCAGAGAGUAAUCAAUCAGCAGGACAAACCUCCCCCCCAACCCUUUUAUAGUCUAUUUGUUUUAUAUUUAUAUUUCUGUAUUGGACCCAAAGUUCUCUUGUACAGAAAAAUAUGUUGUUCAUAAUGAAUGCCCAUGUUGGAGGAGAAAAAAAAAAGUCUGUGUUUUUUCUACUUUUCUUUUUCCAAAGCCAGCACUUUGCCAUCCACUUUGAUAGAACAGGGUGGGGAAAUUAUCGCUGCACUUAAAAAGAAAAAUAUAUAUACAUAGAUAUAUAUUAUAAUAAUAAUAGACCUAUUACUGUUUGGAAGAGAUGUCUAGUCCUUUCCCCUGUCUUUAAAGGGGAUGCUGUUUAAACUACUGAUUCUCUUCACCGUGCCCUUCUUAAGUUAUAUACAUAAAGGCUUUGUGAAAGUUCAUUGUAAAUAAAUUAUGUUUCUCAUGAAAUUCA